CACUUGAGAGAGAGAGAGAGAGAGAGAGAGAGAGAGAGAUCUAAUAUAUAGGCUUCGGAUACCCCUAUCUCUUUCGUUGUCACUCUCCCUCCCUCUCUCUGUCUGCGUCUCUCGGAGAGGAAAAGGAAAGAACGCGUUUUCUUGGAAAUGAAAACACCAAGAACGAGAAACUUGUAAGCCGUGUUUAUCUUUCUCAUUCUUCUGAAUCUUUUUAUUUCCAUUUCAAUUACACAUUUUACAUUUGCGCCCCUUUAAUUGCUUUCCUCAUUCUUGCUACCAAUCUCUUCACUUCCUUCCGCUUCAAAUGCCAAUAAAUGUUAUAUAACAACCAUUAAUAGUCUGUAUAUCGCUUUCACCCAUCAAUUGAACCCAUCUUCUGUUUAAUCGGCAUUCAAUAAUCACAAUGGGUCGUUUCUGGACGCUCCCUGUUGUUUUGUUCAUUUUGUUUUCCGUUCUUUAUGCUCCUCUCUGCCUCGGGAUUCGUUCUAUACCGGGGAGGGAUUUGAACGCUGGUGAUGGUUUUGAAAUGGUUGGGCUCCGAUUCGCAGAGGCGCCGGACUACCGUAAUGGGAUGGAAUGCCCGGUGUCAGGCAAUGGGCAGUUUGUGUCUUCUUGUGACCCUUCUUUGGUUCACGUAGCCGUGACACUGGACUCGGAGUAUCUUCGCGGGUCAAUCGCCGCUGUACACUCCGUUCUAAAACACGCUUCCUGCCCUGAAAACGUGUUCUUCCAUUUUAUUGCGGCGGAGUUCGAUCCGGCGAGUCCGCGAGUUCUGAGCCAACUCGUUCGAUCCACUUUCCCUUCACUCCGUUUCAAGGUUUAUAUAUUCAGAGAAGACACCGUAAUCAAUCUAAUCUCUUCAUCAAUUCGUCAAGCCCUAGAAAACCCAUUAAAUUACGCAAGAAACUAUCUCGGGGAUAUCCUAGAUCCCUGCGUUGACCGAGUCAUCUACCUCGACUCCGAUGUGGUUGUUGUGGACGAUAUAUACAAGCUUUGGAAUACAACCCUUGCUGGGUCAAGAAUCAUUGGCGCACCUGAAUAUUGCCACGCCAAUUUCACCAAGUAUUUCACUGAUGGGUUUUGGUCUGACCCUGUUCUUUCUCGGGUUUUCUCAGCUAGGAAGCCUUGUUACUUCAAUACUGGGGUAAUGGUGAUGGAUUUGGUAAGGUGGAGAGAGGGGAAUUACAGGAGGAGAAUCGAGAACUGGAUGGAGGUACAGAGGAAGAGGAGGAUUUACGAGUUGGGUUCACUGCCACCGUUUUUAUUGGUGUUCGCCGGUAACGUUGAGGCAAUUGAUCACCGCUGGAACCAACACGGCCUCGGCGGGGAUAAUGUGAGAGGAAGCUGCAGGUCACUGCAUCCUGGUCCAGUUAGCUUGCUGCAUUGGAGUGGGAAAGGGAAGCCUUGGGUUAGGCUUGACGGCAAGAAGCCUUGUCCUCUUGAUCAUCUGUGGGAGCCUUAUGAUCUAUACAAAGGUUAUGAGAACUCUAGAACGAAGGAUCAGUCUCUGGGAUUUUUAAGUUCUUCUCAAUCUACAACAACAAUGGGUUACUCGAGUUAUUUGUGAUUCUUUUAUUAUUAUUUUUUUUUCAAUUCUUUUCCAAUUUUUAGUUUAUGCAUUUCAAGAAAUUCUUGCCUAGAUGUGUACAGAUUAUUAUCCAGAUGGAUUUGGCACUUGGUGGGUGGGGAGGGGAAGAUUUGUGGGUUUUAUUUUUUUUAGCUAAUAUUCUUGACAAAUUCAUGUGCUUACGGUGCUAGAUUUCAGUUCCUUAUUUUAGGGUUCCAUUGCUAUGGAACAAUUUUGGUGGGAUGAUGAUUUCUUUGUAUGUAAUGAAAUUAUUGGAAUAGAUAAUAGAAGAAUAAAAUGCGGUUAUUUACUGUUCA